AUGGCGGCAUCCGUUGAUAAUCGCCAGUUCUCUCGGCUGGAAUCCUCACUCAACGGCGUUGUUCGCUCCUUCAAAACUGGUUCCAACCACCGUUCCGAUUCGCCAGUUCGUGGCGGUGGUUGCAACUUCCCCUCCAACUCUGAAUUCACUCGUCCCAAGAAAUCCGUUGCAGCAGUGGAGGAUGAUUCCUCCAGUGACGACGAAAAUGAACCCGAUUGGAAAGAUUUGGUUCGCAAGGGUAACAGUGAAUUAGAGCCGUCCGUCUUGGACUCACGAGACGAAGGAACUGCGGAUAAUUGGAUCCAGCGCAACCCUUCCAUGGUCCGUCUCACAGGGAAACACCCCUUCAACUCGGAGGCGCCACUGAACCGACUCAUGCACCAUGGCUUCAUCACGCCCGUCCCUCUCCACUACGUUCGCAACCACGGUGCGGUCCCCAAGGGCUCCUGGGACAACUGGACCGUGGAGGUAUCUGGACUCGUCAAGCGACCCGCAAGAUUCACCAUGGACCAACUCGUGAACGAGUUCCCCACUCGGGAGUUUCCAGUCACACUGGUCUGCGCCGGUAACCGUCGGAAAGAGCAGAACAUGGUAAAGCAAACGAUUGGCUUCAACUGGGGGGCAGCCGGGGUGUCCACUUCGGUCUGGCGAGGCGUACGCUUACGCGAUGUUCUGAAACGGUGCGGCAUCAUGAGCCGUAAGCAAGGGGGACUGAAUGUGUGUUUCGAAGGCGCGGAAGAUCUACCAGGUGGAGGCGGCUCCAAGUACGGAACCAGCAUUAAAAAUGAAAUAGCGAUGGAUCCGUCGCGAGAUAUCAUAUUGGCUUACAUGCAGAACGGUGAACGAUUAUUACCAGAUCAUGGGUUCCCAGUGAGGAUGAUCAUUCCAGGGUUCAUUGGGGGCCGUAUGGUAAAAUGGCUCAAACGAAUCAUCGUAACCACCCAAGAAUCUGACAGUUAUUACCAUUACAAGGACAACAGAGUCCUCCCUUCACACGUCGACGCCGAGCUAGCAAACGCCGAAGCUUGGUGGUAUAAGCCGGAGUACAUCAUUAAUGAGCUGAACAUUAACUCCGUCAUCACUACACCAUGCCACGAAGAAAUCUUACCCAUCAACUCCUGGACGACUCAGAGGCCCUACACGUUGAAGGGCUACGCAUACUCUGGAGGUGGGAAGAAAGUGACACGUGUGGAGGUGACGAUGGACGGAGGAGAAACGUGGCAAGUGUGCAGACUGGACCACCCAGAGAAGCCCAACAAAUACGGCAAGUACUGGUGCUGGUGCUUCUGGUCACUGGAGGUGGAGGUGCUGGAUCUCAUUGGUGCCAAAGAGAUUGCAGUUCGAGCCUGGGAUGAGACCCUCAACACCCAGCCCGAGAAGCUCAUCUGGAACGUCAUGGGAAUGAUGAACAACUGCUGGUUCAGAGUAAAAACAAAUGUGUGCAAGCGUCACAGGGGAGAGAUUGGAAUCGUAUUCGAGCAUCCAACUCUUCCAGGAAACCAAUCCGGAGGAUGGAUGGCUCGUGAAAAGCACCUUGUCCAAUCCUCUGAUGCCAACUCAACUCUGAAGAAGAGUGUCUCAUCUCCUUUCAUGAACACCUCCUCCAAAAUGUACUCCAUGUCCGAGGUCAAAAAACACAACUCAGCCGACUCCACAUGGAUCGUCGUCCACGGCCACGUCUACGAUUGCACCCGCUUCCUCAAAGACCACCCUGGCGGUACCGACAGCAUCCUCAUCAAUGCUGGCACCGACUGCACUGAGGAGUUCGACGCCAUACACUCUGAUAAAGCCAAAAAGCUUCUCGAGGACUAUCGAAUUGGUGAGUUGAUGACCACUGGUUACACCUCCGACUCCUCUGCAUCAUCUCCCAACACCUCGGUACAUGGGGCCUCCAACUUGACUCACCUUGCUCCUAUCAAGGAAGUUACCCCAUUGAGAAGCGUUGCACUCGUUCCUCGUGAGAAAAUCCCAUGCAAGCUCGUCUCCAAGGAUUCCAUCUCACAUGACGUACGUCGUUUUCGAUUUGCAUUGCCGUCUGAAGAUCAAGUUUUGGGAUUACCCGUAGGAAAGCACAUAUUCCUUUGUGCUGCCAUUGAUGGUAAGCUGUGCAUGCGAGCCUACACCCCGACUAGCAACAUUGAUGAAGUGGGCUUCUUCGAGCUUGUGGUUAAGAUUUACUUCAAGGGUGUACACCCUAAAUUCCCUAAUGGUGGCCUCAUGUCGCAGUACUUGGAUUCGCUUCCGUUGGGGGCCACGCUGGACGUGAAGGGUCCACUGGGUCACAUAGAAUAUACUGGGCGUGGUAACUUUCUUGUGCAUGGCAAACCCAAGUUUGCCAAGAAGCUGGCCAUGAUAGCAGGCGGCAGUGGAAUCACGCCUAUCUAUCAGAUUAUUCAAGCUGUGUUGAAGGAUCCAGAGGAUGACACUGAGAUGUAUGUGGUGUAUGCGAAUCGCACUGAAGAUGAUAUAUUGCUAUGGGAGGAGCUUGAUGCUUGGGCUGAAAAGCAUGAGAGGUUGAAGGUGUGGUAUGUGGUGGGAGAAAGCAUAAGGAAGGGUUGGAAAUACAGUUUGGGUUUCAUCACAGAGAGUAUUCUGAGGGAGCACAUCCCAUCUGCUUCCGGUGAUACUUUGGCUCUGGCUUGUGGGCCACCGCCGAUGAUUCAGUUUGCAGUGCAACCCAAUUUGGAAAAGUUGGGCUAUGAUAUUAAGAAUUCUUUGCUGGUGUUCUGA